CACACUGUUCGUACACCAAAACAUUUGCUCAUCUGUAUGUGCUGUUUUUCGGAACAAGGAUUUAGAAAAAUUGUGAAAAAUCGUGGCCGACAUGUUGGAGGACCGUUGGAAAUAGUAAAUUUACCAGCGUGAGGUUUUUCACUUCUGUAAUCGACAUUAAAUAACCUCUGCAAACGGAAUUAUUUAGCAGUUAAGUGUCGGGAAGAAAUUUUUGGAGCACCACUUUCAUCAGAUGUGUAUGAUCCGCCCACUCGUGGAAAUGGAUUAUGAUUAACCUGUCCAUGACUGUUACCAAGCUAGCAUCGCAAGGGCAUUGGAAAAGCUGUUGAUACGGAUGUCCCGUUACUUGAGCGCCCAAAAAAAUGCCCCCGCCGCGACCGCUUUUCCAGUAACCAGGGAUAGCCGGGACUCACUGAAGCCACCAGCCAUCAAGCCUCGCGAGCCACUGGUCUUCUUCAUUAUGCGGUUAAAUCUUAAGGCCUUGUUGCUCCUUCUCACCGCGGCCGUGGUGGUCAUCACGCUUGGUGUCUACAUGCGAUGUGCCGCCUUUUCAUUCUCACCGGAUCUCAUGCGUCCCCUGGACCGGUCCUCAAAGCUGUCAACCAGCGGUGGACAUGUCGGAGAAGAUGUGGUAUUGCAGGACAUUGAGUGCGUGAUCAACCAGGAGUACAGCGUCCACUGCAAACGGGAAGAGAAUGCCAAUGAAGUUUACGUUCCCUUCUCCUUCCUUCGGAACUACUUCGACGUCAGCGGCGCUGUCUCGACUAGCGGCUCCGAAGUGGCCAAAUUUAAUUGGAUGCACAGCACGUCAAAGGUGAACCUGCCCAAAGGCAAGUACGACGCUCGUGGCGUUUUCAUGUACUUCGAGAACUACAAUGUAGAAGUCCGCGAUCGUGUAAAAUGCAUCAGCGCUGCCGAGGGCGUGCCCAUAAGCACUCAGUGGGAGAAACGAGGCUACUUCUACCCAACCCAGAUAGCCCAAUUCGCGCUCUCCCACUACAGUAAGAACCUGACUGAACCGGAACCCCGUGUCCGGAUACUCGAGGACGCCGACGGUAACCAGGUCGAUUGGAACACUCCACGAACCAGCAAUAUGACACGCAUCUGGCACCACCGGUUUAAUACGAGCGUCGUCCAGUUUGAAACGGCACCCGGCUAUGAGGGGGCCAUUAGCACUACCCUCAACCAGACCCUGGACCUGUUGCUCAGCGUGGAUCUGCUCCUGGUAACCAAUGGAAGCAGCCUUAUGGUUACUGUACGAAACCGCGAUACGCAUCACAGCUACAACCUCCACUAUAUACCCGCUGACCUGCUGCUCAGCGUACAAGACUCAAACAUUUAUUACGGCCUGGGCGGCACGGCGCUGAACAAGUGGCGUCACAUAACCCGUGACCUACACAUCGAUGUCCAGAAGGGAAUUGUGCUUGGAGACAGACGCUCACCCUUGAAGGUGCGACGCUCCGAUCUGGAAGUGCUGUCGAUCGGAUUUCUGGGCCUGGGAUUCUAUGACAAUGUCACCCUCUCCACGAGCGAUCACCUGGCGCACUUUUAUGACGCAGCGGAGUGGUUUGUUCACAACCAAGACGCAAAGACGGGUGGGUGGGCCAACCCGGUGCGGCGAAACCUCAAUGGCUUUGCCGAACUGCGACCGGGUUGGAUAUCGGCCAUGGGACAAGGCCACGCCAUCUCAGUUCUAGCCCGCGCCUACUGGCACUCCGGUGGAGAUGAGCGCUAUCUCCGAGCGGCUGCAGCAGGACUGCAGCCCUAUAGGAUUUUUUCGCGGGACGGUGGAGUCUUGGCGCAGUUUAUGGACAAGUUCUACUGGUAUGAGGAAUAUCCCACGACGCCACCUUCUUUUGUGCUAAACGGAUUUAUCUAUUCACUAUUGGGCCUUUAUGAUCUCAAUAGCACGGCACCCGCUAAAAUCGCCCGAGAAGCCGGCAAGUUGUUUGCCCAGGGCAUGCAUUCCCUGAAAAAAAUGUUGCUGCUGUACGACACCGGCUCCGGCACAAGUUACGACCUGCGCCACCUCAGCCUGGGGGUGGCCCCAAAUCUAGCACGUUGGGACUACCAUGCGACACACGUAAAUCAGCUCCUGCUUCUGGCCACCAUUGACAGUGAUCCACUGAUCGCUCAGACAGCGGAGCGCUGGAAGGGUUACAUGUUCGGAAGAAGGGCAAAACACAACUGAGAACUAAGAAAGCUGGCGGCCUACCGCCGCCGGAAAAGUGAUAUUUUAUAAGGCUUAAGCAUGGGCUUCACCAUUCUAAAUGGUGACAAAAGGUGACAUGCCCUUCCCACACCCCAUACUCCCGAUCCAGGAAAUUAAGUUUUACUAAUUUUGUUGUACUAUUUCCGCCUCGUACUCGUUUAUAUUCAUUUGGCCGCUCUUACUAGAAACUUACUAUUAAGCUAAAGUACCUUUGGCCUAAAUUGCUGUUGGACUCGACCCAAAAGUGUGUUGAUUUCUCGCAGCCCAAUUGUUUUCGCGAAAGUAGUUGCACUCACUGGACAAUAUGAAUAACCUACCAACAAACUAAUAUCUAAACUAACACUGUUGUAGUCAGUCUUUUUACUGCGCUAAGUAAGUAGUGUUCGUUACAUCCCCUGUAUAAAGUAAUGUAGAGCUUAGCGUUAUAGUUGUAGAUGGAGCCGCAAAGUUAGCGGCAUCUGUUAAAUGCAUACUCACCUUGUAGCAUUUUCACAAACAUGUAGGCCUACCCCGAAGAAUCUAAGCUAGAGAUGCACGAUAAUAACGAUAUCUGUAUGGUAAGCAUGUAAUGUAAUGUAUCGUAGCGUAGGACUGUAUUUCUCUUAACUUAAACGAUGCCAUUCCAACCAUAAUCUUAGUUUAACGUAUAGGUUCUUAUCACCAUCGAGCGAUGCUGUCAAUUACGAAGUAACACACUUUUGAAUUUAAUCUACGGAUCCGUUAUUGUUGCACUCUAAUUAUCCCUUAACGAGACUGUUGAUAAAAUGUUUGAUUUUAAUGUUGUCCUAAGUGAAUCACAUUAAAGUACUUAAUUUAUGUUCAUUGUA